GCACACUUGCGCACCUCCGUCGGUUCCUUUCGCCCCCCUCUUUUUUUUUUUUUUGGCCGGGAGUGAUGUUGCACGUGGAGAUGUUGACGCUUCUCUCUCUGCUACUCUGGAUGUGUGUUUGCAGCCAGGAUCCUGGCUCCAAGGUGGUUGCUGAUCGCUAUGCGGUGUACUGGAACAGCACCAACCCCAGGUUCAUGAGGGGAGACUACCACAUUGAUGUCUGUAUCAAUGACUAUCUAGAUGUAUUCUGCCCUCAUUAUGAAGACUCUGUGCCUGAAGAUAAAACUGAACGAUACGUUUUGUUCAUGGUGAACUUUGAUGGCUACAGCUCCUGUGAUCACACAUCCAAGGGCUUCAAAAGAUGGGAGUGCAAUCGGCCCCACUCCUCCAAUGGACCUCUAAAGUUUUCAGAGAAAUUCCAACUCUUCACUCCAUUUUCGUUAGGAUUUGAAUUUAGACCAGGAAGAGAAUAUUACUAUAUAUCUUCAGCAAUUCCAGAUAAUGGAAGAAGAUCCUGCUUAAAGCUCAAAGUCUAUGUACGGCCAGCAAACAGCUGUAUGAAAACUAUAGGUGUUCAUGACCGUGUUUUCGAUGUUAACGACAAAGUAGAAAAUUCAUUAGAACCAGCAGAUGACACAAUUCAUGAAUCAGCUGAGCCAUCUCGUGGUGAAAAUUCAGCACCUACACUGAGAAUACCAAACUGGCUUUUGACAACCCUAUUGUUUCUCCUGGCAAUGCUUUUGACGUUAUAGCACAGUAUACUUCACAGACCAGCUCCAGAACAUAAUAGGGUCUUGGAACAUCAAAGAUCCACCUGAUUGCUUCACCCAAGAAAUAAACUUUUUUUCUGCUUUUCAUUUAGUUUUUAGUUUUUUCCCCCAAUUUCAAGUGAAC